CUUUCUUCCUACACCAUGUGGAAGAACAGACAGGUUCUGCCAUGUCUCAUUUCAGUUCUUCUUGCCUUCCUGCCUUCUCCUUCUUCAACCUAUGGAAAUCUGAAGUAUAUGGUGCUGGUCCCUUUCCAACUCCACACUGAGACUCCUGAGAAAAUCUGCCUCCAUUUCUUCCAUGUGAAUGAUACAGUGACUGUAAGAACCUUCCUGCAGUCUAACCAGGGAAGCACAAACCUCUUCAAUGGGCUUGUGGUUGACAAGGACAUGUUCCACUGUGUUUCCUUCACUAUCCCUGGGGCUUCCCUUUCUGAUGAGAUGGUGUCAUUCUUUGUCGGCAUCCAAAGACAUAUCUAUGAAUUAAACACAAAGGUAAUGGUGCUGGUGAAGAACACAGAAAAUGUUGACUUUGUCCAGACAGACAAACCGAUGUACAAGCCAGGACAGACAGUAAAAUUUCGGAUUAUCUCUAUGGAUAAAAAUCUACGCCCCCUGAAUACGUUGUUUCCUCUGGCUUACAUUGAGGAUCCAAAGAUGAACCGAAUUAUGCAGUGGCGGGAUAUCAACACAGAGAAUGGGUUUAAGCAACUGUCUUUCAGCCUUUCAUCAGAGCCCAUCCAGGGCUCCUACAAGAUAGUGAUACAAAAACAAUCAGGAGUAAAGAAACAGCACCCCUUCACUGUGGAGGAAUUUGUGCUUCCUAAAUUUGAAGUUCGAGUCAAGAUCCCAAAGGCCAUCUCUAUAAAGGACGAAAAAAUGAAUGUGACUGUAUGUGGAAUAUAUACCUAUGGGAAGCCUGUCCCAGGACAUGUAAACAUAAGCAUAUGCCAUAAAUGUCAGCACUUCAGCUUUGAGGAAGACUGUGGAUGCAAAAAAGUCAAUUACCAGCUAGACAACACAGGCUGCAUCACACAAGAAGAAAGCAUUACUAUGUUCGACCUAAAUAAAAGAUAUAUUCAAGCCCAGCAUUUUCAUGUGGAUGCGAAGGUUAUUGAAGAGGGAACAGGAUUGGAGUUCAGUGGAUCUGGAACAACAAAAAUUGAAAAAAUCGUAACCAAACUCGUAUUUGUGAAAGCAGAGUCACACUUUAGACACGGGAUUCCCUUUCUUAUGAAGGUCCGCCUCGAGGAUCUCCAGGGCACUCCUAUUCCAAAUGAGCAAGUCUUCUUCAAAGUACAAUCUGGCUACUCCCAUGCUACCACCACUGACCAUCAUGGCCUGGCAGAGUUCUCCAUCAACACCACUGGCAUUGGGGGUCAUUCCCUCAGUAUCAAAGUGUACCACAAGGAGGAAUACUUUUGUCGGAAUUUCCCUUGCAUCGAAGCAGAAUAUGGAGUAGCACACCAUGUGGCCUACAGUGUUUAUUCCAUCAGCAAGAGCUACGUCUACAUUGAGAAGGAAGCAGGCAUCUUGCCCUGCAGCCAGAGUCACACAGUUCAGGCACAUUUUAUUCUGAGAGGGACUGCCUUGAGAGUGCUGAGAGAGCUCAGUUUUUAUUACCUGGUCGUGGCCCAGGGCAAGAUCAUCCAAACUGGAAGCCACACUCACCACUUGGAGGCACGAGACCCAGGAAACUCUCCAGAGAAAGGCAACUUUACCUUGGAGAUCCCUGUGGAGUUCAGCAUGGCCCCUGUGGCUAAAUUGCUCAUCUACACCAUCUUGCCUGAUGGAGAAGUGAUUGCAGAUUCCGUAAAUUUUGAAAUUGAAAAGUGUCUUCUCAACAAAGUGGACCUAAGCUUCAAGCCAGACCAAAGUCUUCCUGCCUCACAGGCCCAUCUGCAUGUCACAGCUUCUCCUCAGUCCCUCUGUGGCCUGAGAGCAGUGGACCAAAGCGUGCUGCUCCUGAAGCCUGAAGCUGAGCUCUCUCCUUCCUGGAUAUACAACCUGAGAGAAAUGCUGCACAAGGACUCUAAUCCAAGUUCCCAUGAGCUGCCCGAAGAUGAAGACCUUUGUGUCUGGCGUGGAGAUAAGGCCCUUGAGGGCAUCACACACUCAGCAAGAGAAGAAAAUGAGAAGGACGUCUAUGAAUACCUGGACCACUAUGCUCACCUCUUCCGUCAUGACGUCACAGAUUAUGAAAUGCUGUAUGAUGGUGGAGCUACGAUUACUUUAGACCCUUUGGCUGGACGCUUAGUAGGAAAAACGUUUCCAUCACACAAGAAGCCACAGCUUGAAGAUUCGGUUGCUGAGACCAUUCGAAAAUAUUUUCCUGAAACCUGGAUCUGGGAUUUAGUCAUAGUAAACUCCUCAGGAGUAGCUGACAUGGAAGUGACGGUCCCUGACACCAUCACUGAGUGGAAGGCCAGAGCCCUCUGCCUGUCCAAUGACACUGGACUUGGCCUCUCCCCUGUGGUAUCUCUCCAAGCCUUCCAGCCCUUCUUCGUGGCGCUCACGAUGCCCUACUCUGUGAUCCGUGGAGAAGCCUUCACGCUCAAGGCCACUGUGCAGAACUACCUUCCUUCGUGCAUCCGGGUGAGUGUGGAGCUGGAAGCCUCUCCUGACUUCACAGCUGCCCCAGUGGUAAAAGACCAAGAUUCUUACUGCCUCUGUGCCAAUGGGAGGCACACCAAAUCCUGGUUGGUAACUCCCAAAUCUUUAGGGAAUGUGAAUUUCUCUGUGACUGCAGAAGCCCGACAGUCCCCAGAGGCCUGUGGCUCUGAUGUGCCCACAGUGCCUGAAACGGGGAAAAGGGACACGGUUGUCAAAGUCCUGAUAGUCGAGCCUGAAGGAAUUAAGAAGGAGCACACCUUCAGUUCACUCUUCUGUGCAUCAGAUGCUGUGCUAUCAGAAAACUUGUCCCUGGUGCUCCCACCGACAGUGGUGACUGAUUCAGCCAGAGCCCAUUUCUCUGUGUUGGGUGAUAUCUUGGGUUCAGCCAUAAAAAACACACAAAACCUUCUCCACAUGCCCUAUGGCUGUGGGGAGCAGAACAUGGUCCUUUUUGCUCCUAACAUCUACGUACUGAAAUACCUGAAUGAAACCCAACAGCUGACCCAGAAGAUCAAGUCCAAAGCCAUUGAUUACCUCAAUGCUGGUUAUCAGAGGGAGCUGAACUACAAACACAAGGAUGGCUCUUACAGUGCCUUUGGAGAUGAAGAUGGGCAGCAUGAAGGAAACACUUGGCUCACAGCCUUUGUGCUCAAGUCUUUUGCCCAAGCUCGAGAGUUCAUCUUUAUUGAUGAGAAGCACAUCACUGAUGCCUUCAAGUGGCUCUCCCAGCAGCAGCAGGACCACGGCUGCUUCAGGAGCUCUGGAUGGCUAUUCAACAACGCCAUGAAGGGAGGCGUAGAAGAAGGAGUGACCCUCUCUGCCUAUAUAACCAUCGCUCUCCUGGAGAGUUCCCUCCCAGAUGCACAUCCUGUUGUCUCCAGAGCCCUGACCUGCCUAGACUCAUCCUGGAAGACAAUGGAACAAAGGAAAAACCACAACUGUAUGUACACCAAGGCACUGCUGGCCUACGCUUUUACUCUGGCAGGGAACCAGGAUAAGAGAAAGGAAAUCCUGAAGUCACUGGAUGAUGACGCUAUAGAAGAAGGCAACUCCAUCCAUUGGGGAAAUCCUGAGGAACCCAGGAAAUCGGAGGAGUCUCUGUAUGAGCUCCGGGCUCCCUCUCCUGUAGUGGAGAUGAAUGCCUAUAUUCUCCUGGCUCUCGUAGCUGCCCAGCCAGCCCCGAGCCCCGAGGAUGUGGCUUUGGCAAUGCGCCUUGUGAAGUGGCUCACAAAGCAGCAGAAUUCCUAUGGCGGCUUCUCCUCCACACAGGACACUGUGGUGGCUCUCCAUGCUUUGUCCAAGUAUGGAGCACUUACUUUUUCCAGAAGUCAGAAAAUGUCUUCGGUGACCAUCCAAUCAUCAGGGACAUUUUCCCACAAGUUCCAAGUGGAGGACAGUAAUCGCCUGUUACUGCAGCAGGUCCCAUUACCAGACAUUCCUGGGGAAUAUAAAAUUAACAUGACAGGGGAAGGAUGUGUGUAUGCUCAGACGACGCUGAGGUACAAUGUGCACCUGGAGAAGCAGCAGUCUGCGUUUGCUCUGCAUGUGCAGACAGUACCUCUAACUUGUGAUAACCCCCAAGGCCAAAACAGCUUCCAGAUCCUGCUAGAGAUCAGUUACACAGGGAGCCGCCCAGCCUCCAACAUGGUGAUUGCUGAUGUGAAAAUGGUGUCUGGUUUCAUUCCGUUGAAACCAACAGUGAAGAAACUUGAGAGAUCAGAGCACGUGAGCAGAACAGAAGUGAGCAACAACAAUGUCUUGUUAUACGUGGAUCAGGUGACCAAUCAGACACUGGCCUUCUCCUUCAUCGUUCAACAAGACAUCCCAGUAAGGAACCUGCAGCCUGCCAUUGUGAAAGUCUAUGACUACUACGAGACAAAUGAAGUGGCUUUUGCUGAAUACAGCGCCCCCUGCAGCACAGACACAGAGAAAGAUACAACAGCCUUCUUCCACAAAGACUUAAGAGGCAUGGGCAAAGCCAGGUGGUGCUGCCUUUAAUCCCAGCAUUCAGGA